AUGAAUAUACAAGCACUUUUUAUUUUAAGCGUUUCACUUUUAUGUGAUGCGAAAUUGCCGAGAUACAAGCAAAACAUCCAACCGAACAAAUUACCAACGAAUCCCACACACAACUCGCAGGCACUGCGCUUACUACAGACAGAAAAUAAGAAUGAAAAAACGAGUCGAAUAGUGAACGAAUAUAGAACGCGGCAUCGGAGGGAAUCGUUUGAUUCAAGAUCGUACGAAUCGAGUUUGAUAUGGUCCCAUUCAGAGCGAUUGGACGAAAACGGCGAUGUUUUAUUGCGAUGGGUGAACACGGACUCGAGUAUAACAUUUAGAUUGGAAGCGAAAACACGUGGUUAUGUGGGCUUAGGUUUUAAUUCAGCGAGGAAUAUGAGAGGGGCAGAUUUGGUCGUCGCUUGGGUGGACGACAGGCACGGCAACGCUCAGCUCUUGGAUUGCCACGGCCUCACCUUCGAAGACAGAGCAGUAGCUGAUGAGGUCCAGAACUACGAACUGAUAUCUGGCUACCAGAAUGAUACUCACACCACCCUGGAAUUCAGGAGACAAUUGGACACGUGUGAUAAACAGGACUUCGUUAUUGGAGAAGACACAACCCAAAUCCUAUGGGCCUUAGGACCUGAGGGAUCUGACGGGGACCUUCCUAGACAUGUCCAUAGUGGGACUAGGCCACUCAGAUUGCUACAGCCGCUGUCGAAACCAGAUACGGUACCACUCAAACACUGGGACGUCAGGAUUGCUAAUCUCACAAUCCCACACGUGAUGGCUACCCUCUUCUGGUGCAAGGUGUUCAAAGCGCCAGACCUAUCGCAGAAACACCAUAUAGUUGGGUAUCAACCGCUAAUAGACAGUCGGCCAAUAAGGAAUGGAAAACCAGUUAUAGAAAAGGAUAGUCUGUCUCCAGUGCAUCAUAUGGUGUUGUAUGAAUGUGCAGAAGACCACGACAAGAGGUUGUGGAGCGAAUGGGCUGAGGGUGAAGGUUUCUUCGGGCCGAGCAGACCUGGUGAAUUGGCGACCUGUGUGACUCCUAUCGCUGCUUGGGCUAUGGGUUCCAAAGGUGAAUUCUUGCCGGAAAAUGUUGGGAUUCCUUUAGGGGAGAGAGGUGGCGUCUCAUACUAUAUGCUGGAGGUUCAUUAUGAUAACCAGGCGUUACACGAGGUAUUGGAUAACUCCGGUAUCCGCAUCCAUUACACGCCGGUAUUACGGACCCACGACGCCGCGUUGCUCGGUGCCGGUAUCGGGGUGUCGGUACUGCACGUGAUACCGCCGAAGCAGCGUGCAUACCGCACUGUUGGUAUAUGCAGCCCGGAGUGCACUAAUAGCACGAUGCCAGAAGAGGGAAUCAAUAUUGUAUCAGUUCUGCUGCACGCUCAUGGCACCGCUAGGAAAAUUACUCUCAAACACAUUAGGGGAAAUGAGGAACUUCCUAAAAUAUCAGAGGAAAACGUAUACGACGCGCGUUAUCAGCAAUCCCGUAUCGUUCCGGGUGGCAGGCGAUUCUUCAAACGCGAUACACUCAUAACCGAAUGCACUUACGAUAGUUCGGCGCGUGAUAAGCCCAUACUUGGCGGUUAUUCCGCCAUGCAGGAAAUGUGCUUAUCAUUCAUACUGUACUACCCUCGGACGGAACUUGCGGGCUGCUACUCUAUGACGCCUGUAGUCGAGUUCUUCGAAACUUUUGGAGUCAAAGAGUUUUACGGACUCAGCAUGAUGCAAGUCGAGAAAAUAUUCCUGUCUUCAGGGAACUUGGAAGGCUUGCCACAAGAAAUCGAAGGCGAUAUAAGUGCACUGCAGGGAGAUGACCAAGGAGUUGGUUUAAUGAAGGGUCUAGUAAUAAAGGAGCCCCCAGAAUUCCGCAACAAGACUUUUAUGGCGCAUUUAAACGAAAUGCCUUGGUCCGAGCCUUUACUGACGGAACAAAUUGAAAAGACGCUAUAUCGAGGCUGGCACAUGACGUUUUGUAAGAAGAGAGACGAUAGUUGGGGAGCGCCAAUCCAAAUUCAAAAUUACCCCAACUACACGAGAUUAUCAAGUAAUGACGCGUCCGAAAAAUCCUGCCAUUACAAGAGUGUCCGACUUCCUUCAGUCACGGGAGCAACCGGCGAUGCUUCUAGAAUAAAUAGUAUAUCCGCCAUCUUAAUUCUAACCUCUCUGUUCAUCGCGCGGUAACAAUCUGUUAAUGUUAAACCCAUUGUUGUUUUUCGUUGUGAGUUUAAAAAACGAGAGCUUUUAUUGUUUUGAGUGAGUUUUCAAGUAAAAUAGGCUUGUAAAGUAUUAUUAUUAGUUCAUGCCAAAUACGUUUCGUAUUUUAUCUGUGCAGUUUUUAAUUUAUUGACGAAUUAAUUUGUGGCUGGAGUCUAUUGCGAACAAUGCAUUGAAAUGUUGUAUACUGUAUUAUUUUAGUUAAUGUUUUUGUGAUUUUUGUACUUAUGCGAAUUUGCUCACGAAAACUUUGACUUGUGUCGUGACUGUGUGAAUGUUUUAUAGGUGAUAAACGAUACCAAAUGGUAUUAUUUUAUAGUAUUUACAAUUAAUAUACUGACUGAUUCGUCUCAAUUUUCCUUGUAUAUAAUAUCUAUCAAUGUUUCCACUUAAUAUUUUUGCUAUAUAUAUAUUUUUGUAUAAAUACUCCUUAGUUAAUGGUUCGAUUUUCCAACCAGUUCCCUGAAGCUUCAUCUUUCUUUUAUUUCUAUUUAAAAUUACGUUCUCAUGCUUAAUUAUGAUUGAUUUGAGAUUAUUUGAAUUCGAAGUUGUAAUGAAAAAUUCUAUUCUAUAAAUGAUAUCUGAAUGUGUGUUGUUUUUCAAAUGUAAGUACUUGCAAUGCAUUCCUCUAAGCUUCUAACAAAAAUUUGAAUUAUAAAAUGAUUCAUGGUUCAUAAUAAAAAUUAAAUUAAAACGAUUUGCUGUUACAUCGAUCACACAUUAAAUAAAUAUAUCUACCCGUAAAAUAAUAUUCAUAAGACUUAACAUUCAAUUAGGGCUGUGCUACAUAGGCUCUCCAUACUUUUACAACUACCUUCUAAUUAUAUUGAAAUCUCUUACUUUAUAACCUUUACAAAUUUUUAAAGGUAGUUGUGAAACAUAAUAUUUGAAACGAACAAUGUUUUCGAGUCAUUCUUUUUAGGUUUAUUGCAUUUUGCUAUAAUUUAUAUUUUUCUAAGGUAUAGUUAUAAGUAUACGCUUAGUAAUUAAGGUUUAUUUAUUUAAAAGUCAAUAUAAUGUGUUUUAUUAUUUG